AUGGACAUCCGGAAUUUCUUUGGUGGCAAGUCAAGUCAAGGCUCCAGCGACGCCAUCGCGAAGCCCCCGACCAAAAAAGAGGACUCCGCCACAAGAAAGAGACGCAGCAGGAAAGUUGUGGAUGACAGUGACGAAGAAGAAGAUGCAGCGCCAAUUAAAGCACCCGCUGCCAAAGCGAAGUCCAAGAGUCAACCGAAGCCUGAAGAAACUAAAGAAGAACCUACAACCUCCUCCGAAUAUUUCGCCUACAGUAAGAAGAAGACGCGACCUACGAAAACGACCGAGCAAGCUCAACCCGAUACAGCCAAGCUUGUUACCGAAAGUCCCAACCCCAAGAAGACUGUCGAAGAGCCUGCUAACAAAGGACGAACCACUACACGGGAAUCAACAAAGCAAGCCACAAAGGUUCUUGAAGAUGAAAGAUUGGGAGCCGAUGACAUUUUUGCAACCGAGUAUGGAAAGGCUGGCGACGGGGACGAUGCUUAUGUGGCUGGAGACGAUAGCGACGAGGACAGUGACUUCGAAAUGCUUGAGGUGAGGCCAGCCGCAGCAUCAAAGAGCACGCAGAAGAAGCAAUCUUCACGCGAUGACGAGGAUGAUGUGGUCAUGGAAGAUCUCCCCAAGAUUCCUGCCCCGAAGGCUCGACCUGGCCGCAAACGCAAGUCGGAAGCUCUCAUCGACGAGGGUGAAGACGGUGACUACCAAGAACCCAAGAAGGAAACAAAGAAGGCAGCCCCGAAGGCCAAGGCGGCGGCAUCACCAACUGCGAAGAGGCAAAAGGCUACCCCUAAAAAGGCUAAAAAGGAGGACAAACCAGAGAGCAAAGAGCUCCAAGAUAUCUUCGACAGCAUUCCCACGAUUGACGCUCCAGAACCUCCUCAGGGAGAGCCAAAGAAAUUCAAAUUUGGUGCACAACAAAGCCGGGACCCGGCAAUGACUGGGACUAAGGAGAUGCCCGUUGGGGAAGAAAACUGCCUUGCUGGUUUGUCGUUUGUUUUCACUGGUGUCUUGGAAUCUCUCGGUCGCGAAGAGGGUGCGCAAUUAGUGAAGAAGUAUGGUGGCAAAGUUGUGGGGGCUCCUAGUUCUAAGACGAGCUAUGUGGUCCUCGGAGCUGAUGCCGGCCCAAAGAAGCUUGAGACCAUUGCGAAGCACAAGAUCAAAACCAUCAACGAGGACGGUCUCUUCGAAUUGAUUCGACGAUUGCCUGCCAACGGCGGUGAUGGGAAGGCUGCCGAAAAGUACGCCGAGAAACUGAAAGCCGACGAGGCCAAGGUCCUUGCUAUGGCAGCCGAAAUUGAUGCAGAAGAGAAGAAACGAGAAGAGCAAAAACGGAAGACGGCCAUGGCUCAAGUGUCCAAGAACACUGCCACCGCGCCCCAGACGCCACCAAGCCCACAGGCCGCAUCAUCUGGCGAUCUUUGGACAACUAAGUAUGCCCCAACAUCGAUCAGUAUGAUCUGUGGUAAUAAGAGUGCUGUGGAAAAGGUCCAAACCUGGCUGCGGAACUGGCAUGCCCAUGCCCAAACCGAUUUCAAAAAGGGCGGUAAAGACGGCUCGGGGAUAUAUCGUGCCGUCAUUAUUCACGGUCCUCCAGGAAUCGGCAAAACUACAGCAGCCCAUCUUGUGGCGAAGCUGGAAGGAUUCGAUGUGGUGGAAACCAACGCCAGUGACACCAGAAGUAAGAAGCUUGUUGAGAGCUCUACCUUGGGUGUGCUAGAUACAACAUCAUUACAAGGAUAUUUCGCCGGACACGGCAAGCAUGUGAAGAGUGAAAAGAGAAAGCUCGUGCUCAUCAUGGAUGAGGUUGAUGGUAUGUCUGCUGGUGACCGUGGAGGUGUGGGAGCUGUCGCCGCCAUUGUCAAGAGGACCAAGAUUCCAAUCAUCCUUAUCUGUAAUGAGCGAAAGCUUCCAAAGAUGAAACCUUUCGACUUCAUUACCUAUGACGUGCCGUUCAGACGCCCGACUGCUGAGCAAAUUCGGGCAAGACUGUCCACUAUUUGUUUCCGAGAAGGCCUAAGGAUUCCGCCUCCUGUGCUUGAUGGCCUCAUUGAAGGAACACAUGCCGAUAUCCGCCAGGUCAUCAACAUGCUUUCCACCGCAAGACUGGAUCAAAAGGGACUCAAUUACGACGAAGGCAAGCAAAUGUCAAAGUCGUGGGAGAAGAAUAUCAUUCUCAAGCCCUGGGAUAUUGUCAGCAAAAUCCUCAGCGCCCAGAUGUUUUCCCCGAGUUCCACUUCUACCCUGAAUGACAAAGUCGAGCUUUAUUUCAACGACCACGAAUUCAGCUACCUAAUGCUUCAGGAGAACUAUCUCAAAACCAAACCCGCUCUUGCGGGCAAAUAUCAGGGCAAGGAACAGCGACUGAAGUCCCUUGAAUUGAUGGACAAUGCCGCCUCGAGUAUCAGUGAUGGUGACCUCGUCGACCGCAUGAUCCACGGCACCCAGCAGCAGUGGAGUCUUAUGCCCACCCAUGCCAUUUUCAGCUUUGUGCGACCAGCUAGCUUCCAGUAUGGAAACUUCAAUGAGCGGCCUGCAUUUACUAGCUGGCUGGGCAACAACAGCAAACAGGGCAAACUAUCCCGAUACGUCAAGGAAAUACAGGGCCACAUGCGUCUUCGUACGACAGGUAACCGCGACGAGAUCCGUCAGCAGUACAUGCCUUUGUUCCAGGAGAAGAUGAUCCGCCGAAUGAUGGACGAAGGCAAGGACUGUGUUCACUCGGUCAUUGAUCUCAUGGAUGAGUACUAUCUCACUCGCGAGGACUUCGAUUCCAUGGUUGAGCUAGGACUAGGCCCAAUGGACGAGUCUAAGAUCAAACUUGAGACACAGACCAAAGCCACCUUCACACGCCUGUACAACUCGCGUUCGCACCCCAUGCCAUUCAUGAAGGCCAGCAAUGUCGUGGCACCUAAGCAGGCAAAGACGGAGAAGCCUGAUAUUGAAGAUGCUCUUGAAGGAUCUGAUGAAGAAGAAGUUGUUGAAGAGAUCAAGGAUGAGGACGAGGAAGAACUUGAUCUGAAGAAGGACAAGUACGUGAGCUUGCCUAAGAAAAGGAAGGCCCCGGCCAAGGGCAAGAAGACGAAGAAGGCCGAUGAUGAUGUCGAUACCGAUGAGGAAAAGCCGAAGAAGGCUCGUAAGACCAUCACAAGCUGCCCCCUUGCGAAUGCCGAGCUCUUUUACUUUCAGACCUUCCCACCUCCUUUAUUUCAGCUCUUGCUAUCUUGUUUUCUAUUCUGUGCAGAUCUGCUCCUGCAUGCCAAGAUGACUACUGUCUCUGUAUCUGGUGGCUCUGACGAUGUCACGUUAAGUUCUCCGGACACUCAGCGUCCAAGUAUCCCGUACAGAAAACUUCUUCCGGGGGUUCAGACCACGCAUAAUGCUCUCAUUCUUAGGCCUGCUCCAUUUACUGAACCCCAAGUCGAAGAGGUCCCCAUCCCGUCCCUACUGCCAGGAAGUGUUCUUCUGCGUAUCCUCGCAACGCCGCUCCACUCUUACAGCAAACUUGGCUUUGACUUUUACAACCCUGGGAGCUCGCUCCACGAAAAGCCAUUUAUUCCCGGCUCGAGUGCAAUUGCCCGUGUGAGCCAGGUCGGUGACGAUGCAACCAUUUUGAGGACUGGUCAACUAGUCUUCUUUGACUCAGUCAUGAAAGGAAGAGAUAGCCCAGAGACGAUUCGAGUUUCCAAUCCUGUAUAUCAUGGCUUUGACAUUCAAAGCAAGGGGAUCAUAGUCUCUAGCGGCUUCGCAGACGGCUCAUAUGCUGAGUUUAUGAGAGCACCGCUUGAGAACUGCUAUCCUUUGGAUGAGGCUAAGUUGAUGGGAGAUCCGAGGAAAUGGGGCUUUGCAUAUACCCCAGCACAACUUUGUGCGAUUACCACAUUCCUCAGGCCGUUCGGUGGACUGACGAGCAUUGAUCUGAAGCCUGGUGAAACGGUGUUGAUUUCUCCGGCCACCUAUCCAAACGGUGUUGCUGCAUGCAUGGUUGCUUUGGCUAUGGGUGCAAAAGUUGUAGCCUGGUGUCACAAUGAUGCUAAGCUGGUACAGCUCAAUCAGAUCCUAUCCCAUACUCACAAUGGUUCUUGCGAAAGGAUCUCCACGAUAACCUGGACAGGCAACUGUACAAAAGAUGUCCGCAACAUUAACACAUUUGGUCCGAUGGAUGCGUUCCUCGAUAUUUCUCCUCCAGGAGCCCGAGGAUCCUUGCAUCUCAAAUCUGGUAUUAUUUCGCUCAGGCCUGGAGGCCGGGUGAGCCUGAUGGGUGCCUAUGACGAGCUUGAGAUUCCAAAUCUCUUUGUCACACGUUGCAAUAUCACAUUGAAGGGAAACUGGAUGUAUGAGCGAAAGGAUGUUCUUGCACUGAUCAAGAUGGUAGAGAAGGGGAAUCUUCGCCUAAAAGAAGAGGACGGAUGCUAUGUUGUCGGCCAAUUUGGUCUGGAUCAAUGGAAGGAGGCACUGGAGGCGGCCAAGCAGCUCACUGGUAUUGGAGAAAGUGUUGUGUUUUCUUUCUAG